AUGCCUUACAGCUCUAAAAAGAACACUUAUAUUCGCGGCCGACAGCUGCAGCUCCUCUACGUGCUGCACAAAGAUAUUCCAUAUCCCUACGCAGACCAGAUCACCAGUGAAGACAUUGCCCUGGCUAAUGCGCUUGAGCCCUGCUGGACGCACAGCCUCGCCUCGCCUAAAUAUGUUCUCACCUAUCCCUGGGAGUGGGUUACAAAGAAGGGAUCUCUUGCUGCUAUGCUUCACAGCUUCCAUAUAAAAGCCAAGGAGCUGCUCGAUACUCAGCCGCUGCUUAAUGAAUCGGAUGGCGAGGUGAAACUAGACGUACACGAUGCGAUAUAA